AUGCGAACCUCAUCCAACGACUCGCAUUUUGCCGCUCGCUGCGCUCCUUCCGCGCUCGCGAACAACCACGUCCAAGCCGUUGCCAGCGAAGCCGGUCUUCCUGAAACUUUAGAAUUUAAGGGCAUGUGGGACAUCGUGCACCUGAAUGAAAAGUGGUUUAAUGCGGACAAGGAUCGACGAAAGGUGUACGUUGUCAAGGGCCAAAGUGUUCGCAAUCGAGUGUGCAAGAGCAAGCGCUUCAUUCCCAAAGUCAUGUUUUUGGCUGCCGUCGCGCGUUCAGAUUUGAUCACGAGCGUGGAGUUCGACGGGAAGAUUGGAAUGUGGCCGUGCGUGAAGUACCUUCCAGCUCGGGCAACCGCGCCGCCGGAACUCUGGUGA